AUGGCGUCCAAAAUUUGAUGUUUGACAGUUGCAAAGUAGAGGUUAUGUUUUCUUGUUUUUGGAAAAAGUAGUGUAAUUAUGACACGACACGCAAGAAAUUGCACUGCAGGGGCUGUGUACACCUACCACGAAAAAAAGAAAGACGCCCAGGCUUCAGGUUAUGGUACAAAUGCCCAAAGGUUGGGUAAAGAUUCAAUCAAAGACUUUGAUUGUUGCUGCUUGUCUUUGCAACCUUGUCGAAAUCCAGUCAUAACAAAAGACGGCUAUUUGUUCGAUAAGGAAGUAAUCCUUGAAUACAUCAUUGCCAAGAAGAAUGAAAACAGCAGGAAGUUGAAAGAGUAUGAACGGCUUAAAAAGAAGGAGGAUGAGGAGAAUUUGGACAAGGCGACGGCUGAGACUAAUCAGAAAGUGGAGCAGUUUCUCAAGGGCGAAAAUAGCAUUAUUAGCAAACCAAAAAGCUACUUUAAAAGCGACAAUGAACCCAGUACUUCGUCAAUAUCGAACAUGGCAGUUGGCCGUGAUAAAGAAUUGCCGAGUUUUUGGGUUCCGUCUAAAACACCAACUGCCGAAAAAAUCAAAUUACAAAAACCUGACAAUGUGGUAUUGUGCCCCAUUUCGGGGAAACCCCUCAAAGUAAAAGACUUAAUUGACGUCAAAUUCACUCCAAUCAAGGAUUCAGGCGACAAAAAAUCCUUAAUUGCGAAAGAAUGUCGUUACAUGUGUGCUGUAACACACGAUGUUUUAAGUAACUCAGUUCCCUGUGCUGUUCUCAAACCAACGGGUGACGUUGUUACGCUAGAAUGUGUGGAGAAAAUUAUAAAAAAAGAUUGGAUACAUCCGCUCACUAGCAAAAAAUUGACAGAAAAAGACAUCAUUGUAAUGCAGAGGGGGGGUACAGGCUAUGCCCAAACUAAUGUGGAACUGGAAGCCAAGCAAGAACGCCCAGCUCUUCAAGCCUGAAUUAUUUAAAAAAAAUUGAGGCAUUUACAAAGAAAAGAAUUGUGUUUUAUAUUUUAUUUCAUGUAUUUGUGGAACAAUUUUAUGAAGAAUCCUCUUGUACA